CGGGCAUGCCAGCGGCGACGACAACAACCAACGCCGAGGCGUCGUCCUCGACAAGCGCGCUCCUCGCCCGGCGCGAGGACCUCACCUCGUCGCUCCUCGACUCGCCGUACGACCCCGUCGCCUACCUCGAACGCAGCGAGGUGUACGCUGCCCUCGCGUACCCCGACCUCUCAGCAGGCGACGCGUACCGCGCGCUCCUGCUCUCCGACGAGGUGCAGAACGAGGGCGCCGAGUUCCACGCCGAGGCGACCGAGGCGCUCGAGGCGUACGCCGAGCUCGGGGUACCGUCUGUGCUUGAGCUCGAGCCUGGGCUGGGCGAGCUGGCCCUCGACGACGACGGCGCCGAGUCGGACGCCGACCUGUCCCCCGCUGUGGCGCGGCUCGCCCGACUCGCCUCGCAGCGCGCGUACCAGCUCCUCGCGGCCGGGUUACUCGACACGGGCUGCCUGCGCUCGGCGUACAGCUUCAUCCAGCGCGGGCUCGAGGCGGUCCCCACCGACAGCGCCCUGCGGGACACCGAGGCGCGGCUCAAGGCCGCUGCGGAGAAGCGGCUCGCCCGCCCCAUUGACGACCUGAGCGCCGUCACGCUGCCCGAGUGGGGGAGCGCGCGCCGCGAAGUCUACCCGUGGAACGAGCACGAGCCGGACCGGUACGCUGCGGCGUCACUCGCCGAGGUGAACGAGGGCCUGUCGGCCGUCGCGCCCAAGCUCGCUAUCCAGGCCGUGGCGCUGCCCGCGCUCGACGGCGAGGGGACGAGCGUCCAGCUCGGCCUGUUCGCGCUCGAGGACAUUGCCGCCGGCGAGCUCGUGCUCGACGAGUACUCGCUCGUCACGGCCAGCAGCCGGCAAAAGGCCAUGGUGUGCGACGCGUGCUCUAUCGACCUGUUGUCCCUCGAGGACGCGCAGCCACUCAACUGCGAAGAGUGCUAUGAUACCGUCUUCUGCAGCGAGUUCUGCCACGACGCCGCGAUGGAGCGCUACCACCCCGCCGUGUGCAACAAGGACGUGGACGCGAUCGCGAAGGACCCCGCAACUGGGCAGGAGGAUGAGACGCUGCAUUUGCUGCUGCUCGCGCGUGUGCUCGCCAUCGCGGCACACGAGGAGGUGCACCCGCUGCAGGUCAAGGAGAUCAAGUUCAUCUGGGGCGCGUUGGCUGCCGCGCCGACGGACGGGCAGGAGCCGCACGCGCCUGCGCUGCCCUUCUCGUUUAAGUUCAACAUCGAGACGCCGCUGCACAUCCUUGAGAAGAUGGACAUUGACGUGUGGUCCGAGCUCGAGGCGUACGACCUCUGGGUGCUCAACACCGUGUAUGCCAAGCAGCGCGGCACGGCAUCGGCCCGGCAGAACAAGUACGACGGCAAGAGCGACGUCGCCGCCGUCCACCCGUACUGGUGCCUCGCGAACCACGACUGCGACCCCAACAUUACGUGGGAGUGGGACGGGCGCAUCCGGUACAAGGCGCGCGAGGUGCGUGUGGUUGGCGACCGGCGAGGCGGGGUCAAGAAGGGCGAAGAGCUGCUCAGCCACUACUGCGACGUCAACCUCCCCGUCGCUGAGCGCCGCGAGUGGGCAAAGAACACGCUCGGCGGGUGGUGCCGUUGCGCGCGGUGCCAGCGCGAGUCGGGCGAGUCGGCGUAA